AUGGAGGAAUCAAAUCAAAAUAUUUCAGACAAUAACGAGCAGAAGGAGUCAGAUGAAAGUGAAGAAAUUUUGAGUUUUGAGUCAAAAUUUUGUGUACUUCUUGAGAAUCAAAAUGAGACCUCUUCCCUAGACAAGGAUGAAGAUGUUGUUGAUUUAAAUUUAAAAUUAAAAGAAGAAAAAAGGAAAAAGAAGUAUAAUAAAAGAAAAAUACGGAAAAAGUCCCUAGACAACGAAAUUGACGAAUUGGUUAAAUUAAUUGAGUCAAAAAAUAAAUUAAAUAAAGAAUUGGGGAAUGAAGAAAUUGAAGAAUUAAAUAAUUUAGAGGAAAAUGAAGAAGAAGAAAAUAUUAUUGAUAAAUUGUUAAAUAUUAAUUUAAAUAUUUUAAAAGAAUCAACUAAUAUUGUUUCUUUAAAUAAUUUGGAAUCACAAAUUAAAACGUCUUUUGAAAGUAAAUUAGUUGAUGUUCAAAGAAGUUGGCCUAUUCCGAAAAAUUUGGAAUUUCGAAUGAUUUUUGAUUCUUUUGGAAAUUCUCAAAAUAAUUUAAUUAAAUGGUUUCGUUUUUGGCAUAAUGAGACUUAUCAACGUCAACAACAAUUUUUCUGUUUAUGUUAUAGGGAAAGGCGUUAUUCGGAUAUUUUGAAUAUUAUUCUCAACAAUCAAAAUCCCUAUCAUCUUGAUAGUUUACUUUUGAUGGCAGAUUUAAUACAAAAUGAGGGCAAUAAUGAACGAGCUAAUGAUUUUAUAGAACGUGGAAUUUUCGCCCUAGAAACUGCUUUUCACCCUAAUUUCAAUUUAUGUUCAAGUACUCACCGAUUGAAUUAUUCUUGGAAGGAAAACCGCCCAUUUUUUCUUUUAUUUUAUCGUUAUUUAUUAAAAAAUAUUCAAAAGAAUAAUUUAAAAAUAUCUCUUGAAAUUGCAAAAUUAUUAUUUUCUAAAGAUUUUGAGGGUGAUCCAUUGGGAAUUUUACUUUUAAUUGAUUCUUUAGCAAUCAGAGCUAAUUGUCCAAAUUUCCUUCUUGAUUUUUAUGAAUAUUUUCUCAAAAGUAAGCGCCUUGAUUUGCUUCCCAAUUUUAGAUUCUCUAUAUCUUUGGCACUUAAUUUACUCGGAAUGGAGGAUGAAGCUGUUAGAAAUGAAGCAUUGGUGGCAUUCCCAUUUAUUCUUUCUCAAAUACUUGAUUUUUUACAAAUUCGAGCAGAUCCUUUAAUUGAGAGCAACUACUAUUUGAAUACAUUGGCUUCUUAUCGUGAACCUGAAGGUUUAUUAUUGCUUGUGCGUAUCUAUUUGCAUCAUUCUAACAAAAUUUGGAGUGACCCAGUAAUUCUUAAUUGGCUUGAAAUAACUACACAUAAAGUACUUCCCAGACUACAAUCUGUUAGAAAGAAAGAAAUGGAUCAAUGGGCAAAAAAGCGAAAACAAUUAUUUACUGGAUUACCUGAAAAUAUAGCAAGACAUUGUUUGAUUAAUGGUUUGUCCAUUCCUGAAACACUCGUUAUCGAUGCUAAAUUGAAUUUGGGUGGAUGUAUUCAAAUUAAUCCUUGUCCUCCCAAAGCUAGUCAACAAGAAUAUGUAGAUAAAGAAGUUUCUGAAGAAAUGGAUAAGUCACAACAAAACAAUUUAAAUGAAAGAAAUUUUGGUUUAAUUGUUUCUUUUUUACGUUCAAUUUUACCUCAAUGGAUAUUGGAAAUUCUUUGUCGCUUCAUUCAACGUUUUAUUCAAUAAUGUCAUUUCUAAUAGAGGGAAUAGAUUUUUAAUUUGUGAUAUUAACUAUUUUAGUUUUUGCGGGUCUAUAUUUUUUAUUUAUUCUAAUUUAUUAAUAACUUCUUUUGUUUUUAAAAGUA